UGCACAUGCGCAGUGAAGUCGAUUGAGCGGCACAAUGAUGGCCGCUUCCAGUGUCAGUGUGCGGUGUGUCUUGCGGAGAGCUACGGUCCCGUCUUUGGUGGUGAUUCUGGGGGCCACCGGUACCGGAAAGUCCAAACUGGCGAUCGAGGUUGGAAAACGGCUCAAGGGAGAAAUAAUCAGCGCCGAUUCAAUGCAGGUCUACCAAGGUCUGGACAUCAUCACCAAUAAGGUGACAGCUGAGGAGCGCGCUCAGUGCAGACAUCACAUGAUCAGCUUUGUGGAUCCGUUGAUGAGUAGCUAUACCGUGGUGGACUUCAGGAACAAAGCCCUGGCACUGAUAGAUGACAUGCACAGCAGAAACAAGCUGCCGAUCAUUGUUGGAGGAACAAAUUAUUACAUUGAGUCUCUGCUGUGGAGAGUCCUGUUAGACACAGGGCAGGAGAACAAGGACCAUGGGGUCACCGGAGAGCAAGCUGGAGACAGGAAGGUGGAGCUGGAGAGACUGGAGGGAGCUGAGUUACAUAAAAGACUGGCCAAAGUGGAUCCCAAAAUGGCUGCCAUGUUGCACCCCAACGACAAGCGCAAGAUAGCCAGAAGUCUUCAAAUUCAUGAGAAGACCGGUAUCCCCCAUAGCCUUUGGCUAGAGGAGCAGAGGGAGCAGGAGGGAGGCGAUGACCUUGGAGGACCGCUAAGGUACCCAGACGCCUGCAUAUUCUGGCUACAUGCAGACUUGGAGGCCCUAGACAAGCGGUUAGACGGUCGUGUAGAUGAGAUGUUGUCUGCAGGACUGAUUCAAGAGCUCAGAGACUUCCAUAUCAGAUAUAAUCAACAGAAGGUCCAGGAUGAAAGUCAAGACUACCAACAUGGGAUUUUCCAGUCCAUUGGUUUUAAGGAAUUUCAUGACUUCCUGACUGCUCCUGAAAGCAGCAGCCAGCAGGAAAAAGACCAACUGAGAGACAAAGGUAUAGAAGCUUUGAAGAUUGCUACAAAGCGUUACGCCCGUAAACAGAACAAAUGGGUCCGCAACCGCUUCCUGACGCGACCAGGAGACAACAUCCCAGCUGUGUAUGGGCUGGAUGUGACGGACGUGUCCAGGUGGGAGGAGACGGUCCUGAGCCCCGCACUGCAGAUCCUGAGCUGUCUCAGGAAGGGUGAGGAGCCAGCUGUUGGACCAAUCAGAGCGCAGGGAGCCGAGCAGAGGAACAAACGAAGCCGCCACAGCUGCGAUCUGUGUGACAAGGUGAUCAUCGGAGACCUGGAGUGGACAGCUCAUCUCAAGUCCAAGAAGCAUCACUACCACCUGAGGAAGAAGGGGAAGUCCGAUCCGAGCUGUGGCUUGUCCCAGAUUCCCAUCCCAGCAGAAGAAAUCCCCUCGGAGGACACUGGUGCUGCUGGUGCCGAGCGCCGUGGUGAAACCUCCCAGGACUCCUCUGCAGACACAAGGACAGCACAAACAAAAGGACCUGUGGACCUUCUAAAUCCGUAGCGGCGCUGAUUUGCAUCCCUGCUUAAUUGGGUUUCCAACGACGACACACGGAUGAUUCUGGACCUGUAGGAAUUAUUUUUUGGCCUGAUUGAAAUUAGAAGAGUAAUUUACUUUUAUGUUUCUGCUAAACGCACCUUUAGUGUUUCAUCUUGUUUUUGAUCUGAAUAAACCAGAACAUUUUUCCUGUUUCUCAGCUCGUGAACCAAGUUUGAUUUUUGUUGAUCAGGUAAAAAAUAAAUCAUUAAGAUUUAGCAGCUUUUUACUGGA